AUGGGUGAUGAUCAUGAUGAUAAUGACGAUGACGAUGAUGCCAACCAUGAUGUUGACGAUUAUGCUGACCAUUAUGAUAACGAUGAUGAUGUUGACAAUGAUGAUGAUGCUGAUGGUAAUGCCGACGAUGAUGUUGACGCUGACGACGACGACGACGAUGAUGAUGAUGACAAUGAUGCUGACGAUGAUGACAACGAUGGUGAUGAUGCCGAAAACGAAGAUGACGUCACUGACGUGAUAAUGACGACGACGAUCAUUUUGACAAUGAUGAUGCUGCUGAUAACGAAAAUGACGUUGCUGACAAUGAUGACGACGAUGACGAUGAUUAUGAUGAUGACGAUGUUAAGAACGAUGAUGAUAAUGACAAUGACGCGGAAAAUUCUGAUGGUGAUGAUGAUGAAGAU